AUGCUAGUUCUUCAGACGAAGAGACCUCGCCAAUUGCCAAAAAAACGCGAACCAGAAGCGAUAAAGCUCCAGAACAACGCAGAGUCCUUGCUGAAGAUUUUUAAGACAGAGCUUCUUUUUUCCUAGUAGUUCGGCUAAACCACCGAUAGUAUUGGUUUUAGUAGAGGUCUUACCCCUGGAGUGGGUACAUUCAUUCACUCACUCAUUUAUACUAUUUACAAACUGUUGCGUGUAGCGACAUCAAUGAAUGUAAGUGUAUUGAUUGCAAGUUCACAAGAAGCUGUAGUGAUCAAAUUCAUGUAGUGACAUCAAGAACUUCGUAUUAGUUUAGAAGAUGAACACAAAGGAGAAAGCUCUCUGUGGGAAAACUUGUUUUGAUUCACUUUGUGUGGCGGAGGGUCGUGCGCGAGCGGAAUAAUAAUAAUAAUAAUCUAUUAGAAGAAUAGAAGAACGCAAAAGACGGAAAAGAUUCAAGAAAAAGUCUCUAAUAGGGCAAUAAAUCCGAGCUGACUAUUAACAUCACCAUCAAGGGCUUGUUUUCUUGCUUUUCAUUGAUUUUUGUUUCUCACACUCUCUCCAUUUGUUUCACACCCUGUGCAUAUUUCUGCUUCUCUCCCCUCCUUCUGUCUAAGGGUCGCCCUUUGUCCGUGACGCGAGGGAGUUUCUUCAAACUUGCUGGCUUUUCGUCAACCAGGUCAUCGAUCCAGAGCCUCAAUCUCAAGGAAAUUU